UAUUUUGAUCACUCAAAAAUGAACAUGGGUGCAGUGAAGCUGCAUGGACACUGGUCUAGUCCGUUUAAUUACCGAAUAAUUUGGGCACUGAAACUAAAGGGCAUACCGUUUGAAUAUAUUGAAGAAGAUCUCUACAAUAAAAGCCCUUCGCUUUUGCAGUAUAAUCCCGUUUACAAGAAAAUCCCAAUUCUUGUUCAUGACGGAAAACCAAUCUGUGAGUCCUCGAUUAUCCUCGAAUAUAUCGAAGAGACAUGGCCCCAAAACCCAUUGCUUCCUGCUGAUCCUUAUGAGAGAGUCAUGGCUCGCUUUUGGCUUAAAUUUGCUAAUGAACAGGGGUCUGCACCGUGGAUCAUGUUUAGUAGUAGCGGUGAGAAACAGGAGAAGGCGAAGAAGCAAAGCUUGGAAAUGCUGAAAACCCUAGAAGAGAUGGCGCUAGGAGACAAUAAAUUCUUUGGCGGAGAGAAGAUCGGCAUGGUAGAUAUAGUGUUUGGUAAAUUUGCUCACUGGCUGGGAGUCCUUGAAGAAGGAGGAGGAGAGAAGCUACUUGAAGCUGACAAAUUCCCUCGGUUGCAUGCAUGGGUCCAAAAUUUCAAGGAAGUGCCCACAAUUAAAGAAAACCUGCCUGAUCGUGAUGCGUUGCUCAAAAAAUUCAAUAGUAUUAGGGAAGGGAUACUGGCCUCUCCAUGAUCUUCGUUUGAAUUUAUUUAAUCAUGUAUGAGAUAAUUAAGAGUGUUUUAUAUACUGUGCUUUCUGCUAUCCAUGUGUGUGUUUUGUGCACUGUAAUCUUCCAUGAAAGACUUGAUGAUAUGCUUUGUAAGAAUAAUAAUGGAGGAUAAUAAAUUUCUCAAUUUACA